GGAGACUGAUAAAUAAUGCAGCAGCCUGCCUGAAAGACAGGAGAGCACCCUCUGCCUUCUCUUUGGUAUCAAGUGAUAUCAACUGAAUUGCAGUCUUCCCAACACUUUGCCCAGGCAGCCUGCUGAGCAAGGUAUCAGCCAGCAUGGCUGUCUCUCUGCCACCCACCCUGGGACUCAGUUCUGCCCCAGAUGAAAUCCAGCAUCCACAUAUUAAAUUUUCAGAAUGGAAAUUUAAACUGUUCAGGGUGAGAUCCUUUGAAAAGGCCCCUGAAAAUGCUCAAGCAGAAAAGCAAGAUUCCUCCGAGGGGACGCCCUCUCUAGAGCAAUCUCCAGCAGCCCUGGACAAGGCUGGUGGUCCGAAGCCAGCCCUGACUCAACCGGCAUUAAAGCCCCACCCAAAGUUUCUGAAAAAAUUCCAUGAUGAUGGAAAAGCAAGAGACAAAGCAAUCCACCAAGCCAACCUACGACAUCUCUGCCGCAUCUGUGGGAAUUCGCUCAAAGCUGAUCAGCACCACAGGAGAUAUCCAGUCCACGGGCCUGUGGAUGGCAAAACCCAAGUCCUCUUACGAAAGAAGGAAAAGAGGGCCACGUCCUGGCCAGACCUCAUUGCCAAGGUCUUCCGGAUCGACGUGAAGGCAGAUGUGGACUCGAUCCACCCCACUGAGUUCUGCCAUAACUGCUGGAGCUUCAUGCACAGGAAGUUCAGCAGCGCCCCGUGUGAGGUUUACUCCCCGAGGAAUGCAGUGAUGGAGUGGCACCCCCACACACCAUCCUGUGACAUCUGCGAUGCUGCCCGCCGGGGACUCAAGAGGAAGAGUCAGCCGCCAAACUCGCAGCUCAGCAAAAGACUCAGAACUGUGAUGGACCGAGCGAGACAAGCCCGACGGUGCAAGAGAAGAACUCAGGACAGGAUCAGCAGCAAGGAACUGAUGAAGAAGAUCGCCAACUGCAGUAAGAUACACCUCAGUACCAGGCUCCUGGCAGUGGACUUCCCGGCGCACUUUGUGAAAUCUAUCUCCUGCCAGAUUUGCGAACACAUUCUGGCGGACCCCGUGGAGACCAACUGUAAGCACGUCUUUUGCAGGAUCUGCAUUCUCAGAUGCCUCAAAGUCAUGGGCAGCUAUUGUCCUUCUUGCCGGUAUCCCUGCUUCCCCACUGACCUGGAGAGUCCGGUGAAGUCUUUUCUGAGCAUCUUGAAUUCCCUGAUGGUGAAAUGUCCAGCAGAGGAGUGCGAUGAGGAGGUCAGCUUGGAAAAAUACAAUCACCAUGUCUCAAGCCACAAGGAAUCGAAAGAGACUUUUGUGCACAUCAAUAAAGGGGGCCGGCCCCGCCAGCAUCUCCUGUCCCUGACCCGCCGGGCUCAGAAGCACCGUCUGAGGGAGCUCAAGAUGCAGGUCAAGGCUUUCGCCGACAAGGAAGAAGGUGGAGAUGUGAAGUCUGUGUGCCUGACCUUGUUCCUGCUGGCGCUGAGAGCCAGAAAUGAGCACAGACAAGCUGAUGAGCUGGAGGCCAUCAUGAAGGGACGUGGCUCUGGCCUGCAGCCGGCUGUCUGCUUGGCCAUCCGCGUCAACACCUUCCUCAGCUGCAGCCAGUACCACAAGAUGUACAGGACUGUGAAGGCCAUCACUGGGAGGCAGAUUUUCCAGCCUCUGCACGCCCUUCGGAGUGCUGAGAAAGUCCUUCUGCCAGGCUACCACCCUUUUGAGUGGCAGCCACCUCUGAAGAACGUGUCUUCCAGCACUGAUGUGGGCAUUAUUGAUGGACUGUCCGGACUGGCCUCCUCUGUGGACGAUUACCCGGUGGACACCAUUGCCAAGCGCUUCCGCUAUGAUGCUGCUUUGGUGUCCGCUCUGAAGGACAUGGAAGAAGACAUCCUGGAGGGCAUGAGAACCCAAGAGCUUGAUGACUACCUGAAUGGGCCCUUCACCGUGGUGGUGAAGGAGUCUUGUGAUGGGAUGGGAGACGUGAGCGAGAAGCACGGCAGCGGACCAGCAGUUCCGGAAAAGGCCGUUCGGUUUUCCUUCACGGUCAUGAAAAUCAGCAUCGCUCAUGGGUCACAGAACGUGAAGGUGUUCGAGGAAGCCAAGCCUAACUCCGAGCUGUGCUGCAAGCCGCUGUGCCUCAUGCUAGCCGAUGAGUCUGACCACGAGACCCUGACGGCCAUCCUGAGCCCUCUGAUUGCCGAGAGGGAGGCCAUGAAGAGCAGCGAAUUAAUGCUGGAGAUGGGAGGCAUCCUCCGGACUUUUAAGUUCAUCUUUAGGGGCACCGGCUACGAUGAGAAACUGGUCCGGGAAGUGGAAGGCCUCGAGGCUUCCGGCUCAGUCUACAUUUGCACCCUUUGUGAUGCCACCCGCCUGGAGGCCUCUCAAAAUCUGGUCUUCCACUCCAUAACCAGAAGCCACGCUGAGAAUCUGGAGCGCUACGAGGUCUGGCGUUCUAACCCCUACCACGAGACGGUGGAGGAACUGCGGGACCGGGUGAAGGGGGUCUCGGCCAAACCCUUCAUUGAGACGGUCCCUUCCAUAGACGCGCUCCACUGCGACAUCGGCAAUGCGGCUGAGUUCUACAAGAUCUUCCAGCUGGAGAUCGGAGAGGUGUAUAAGAACCCCAACGCCUCCAAAGAGGAAAGGAAAAGAUGGCAGGCUACCCUGGACAAGCACCUCCGGAAGAAGAUGAACCUGAAGCCCAUCAUGAGGAUGAACGGCAACUUUGCCCGGAAGCUCAUGACCAAAGAGACGGUUGAGGCAGUUUGUGAAUUAAUUCCCUCCCAGGAGAGGCACGAAGCCCUGAAGGAACUGAUGGACCUUUAUUUGAAGAUGAAACCCGUCUGGCGAUCCUCAUGCCCUGCUAAAGAGUGCCCGGAAUCCCUCUGCCAGUAUAGCUUCAAUUCACAGCGCUUUGCUGAGCUCCUCUCCACCAAGUUCAAGUAUAGAUAUGAGGGCAAGAUCACCAAUUAUUUUCACAAAACCUUGGCUCAUGUCCCUGAAAUUAUUGAGCGGGAUGGCUCCAUUGGGGCAUGGGCAAGCGAGGGAAACGAAUCUGGCAACAAACUGUUCAGGCGUUUCCGGAAAAUGAAUGCCAGGCAGUCCAAGUACUACGAAAUGGAAGAUGUCUUGAAACAUCACUGGCUGUAUACCUCCAAAUACCUGCAGAAGUUUAUGAAUGCUCAUAAUGCCCUGAAAGACUCGGGGUUUACGCUAAACUCGCAGGGAGCCUUAGGGGACUCGUUAGACCUAGAGGACUCUCCAGAACCGCAAGAUUCAAUGGAAUUUUGAGCAGGGCAGCCGCUUAUGAGUUGGUUUUGCAAAAUAUGUUUUCCUCUGGGUGGCAUGAGACCUUCUCCUGGUACCCUGCGCUCCAUCCAGUGUGUGGGGCCUCACCACCCAGGCAGUGGUAGGUUGGAGAGGCUGCAGAUGCUGAACCCAUGUCAGGAAUGGGUAACUGGUGAGCUGAUUGCUUGAGCUGUUGAGGGAGUUCAGAAAAGCAACAGGGGAAAUCAGUUAUUUGAAAGCUCAAUAGCUGAGGGGAGGAGUAACUGCAGGGGAGCAGAGAUGAACAAAGAUAGGUAUGUGUGUGACUGAGUGACGUGAAAAUCAAAGUCAAGGUUGCCAAAGUUUGACUUGUGGUCUCCAUCCCCCAACCAAGUUACUCGUUUAUAUUGAGCUGUGUUUUUUAUAUCAUUUUUGUAGAAUUCUUUGUUUUAUAAAUUUCACAUAUUUUGGCUUAUUCUACAAGAUUCAAAAAAAGCUUUCCAGAUAUC